AUGGAAGCAGUAAAGAAACCGCGUUACAAUACCAACGAUGAAGAUAAGAUCAGCAAGUUACCAGAUUUCUUAAUUCAUCACAUCCUCUCUUUCGUUGACAUACAAGAUGCUGUCCAAACCUGUAUAUUGUCAAAGAGAUGGGGUAAUAUUUGGACUUCUCUUCCCUUUUUGACUUUCGAUCGUUCAGUUCUAGAUGAAUUUGGUUAUCCACGUUUUCUUGAUUUUGUCGAUUACGUAUCAAGUCUUCGUGACAACAGAUGUUUUGAUAUUCGACGGUUUCAUCUUCUUGGUCUGUAUGGAACAUACAAAUGUGAUUUUAUCGAUCGUCUUCGUCGAUGGAUAAUCGUUGUUGCUAGAUCUAAUGUUGAAGAUAUAGAUGUGCAGUUUACCGGGGAUGUAUCUGAUGACAAUAAAGACUUUCAGGUUCCAAGUUGUGUCUCUACUUGUAAGUCAUUGACAAAAUUGGAACUAAAGUUGUCGACGCAUGGUAAGAUUUUUCUGUCGAAUUCUAUAUCAUUACCUCGUCUGAAAUAUCUGAAACUGGAAAACACCUCGUUUAACCAUGAUGAGUCAUUAACCAAGUUAUGUUCAAGUUGUCCUGUUUUGGAACACUUUGAUUUAAGUGGCGUUAGUAGUACUACACCUUUAAACAUCACUAUAUCUUCUCUUACACUGAAGCACUUCGAAUUACAUAUCGACUAUCGUAAAUCAAUACAUAAUACGUUGAGGUUAUGCGCUCCAAAUCUCGUGCAUUUGGUUUUAUCAAAUUUGGACUAUUUGUUGCUCGAAGAUGUUUCUUCUCUGGUCACGGCUGAUGAUGUUAGAAGAGUUCUGGAACAAUUAGAAAAGCAACCUUUUCAGUUUUCUAAUCUGCAAUGUCUCAAGAUGCAAAAGAUAAGGCUCUCAACAGACUCUACGCAAGUCAUUGCCUCCUUGCUCAAGAACUCGCCUAUUGUCGAAUCCCUCGCAUUGGAACUUUGUCAGUACGUGAAAUUCGAUCACGGAUAUGGAUGGGAUGAGGGAUUAAAUUCUGGUUCGGAGUCGGAAGAGGAGAUGGAAUCAGAUCUACACACUGGGGAGACAACUCUCGGCUUAGAAGGGAUGUUCGCCAACACCAUGAAACAACUCAAGUCCGUUGAGAUAAGUGGUCUAGAAGGAAGUGAUACGGAACUAAAGCUUAUAGAAAUUCUGAUGAAGAAUGCCGUUGUCGUGAAGAAAAUGGUCUUGAAGAAGGAUCCACAUAGAUCCAUUAACGAGGUUACAAAGUGUAGGUGUAGAUAA